AUGUCACGUGGCAUCCCCUUUUGGGAAGUCACAAUACGAAAGAAGCUCCAAGAACGAGCUCAGGAGAGGCGAAAAAAUGACAGCAAGAUACACAACCAAGUGCACAAGUUGAUAAAUAAAGAAAUAAUAGUUGAUUAUGACACUAAUGAAAAGGUGAAUGCAAAAUUUAUUUUGAAUAAAUAUUUAAAUAUAAUUACCCAUUUGACCAAGGAAAAUAUAAAUUUAAAAAAAAUCAUAGAAAAAAUAAAACUACAAAAUGACGAAAACGAAAGUACACUCACUAAAUACGAACAUGAGUUGAGAACAAAAAAUGACAUCAUCGGCAAAAUAACCAAGAAGUAUGGCGUACAUAUUUUGGGGGAAAAUUUUAAUGGGUGUAGUGUCCCUGAUGAAGAAGUAAAAGGAAGGCACCCCAUCAUUCAACAAGACAUGGCGGUGCUGAAAGAGGAUAAUACGAGCUUACCAAUUGGGGGAAGAACAAAUUGUGUCCCCCAUGGUGUGGAAAAUCAUCAAAUGGGUUACUCCUCAAAUUGCUGUAAUGUUAUUGAUGCGGGGUCUAAUACUCAGUGGGGAGACAAAAUUGGGGGAUUCACGACAGGCAACUUUCCAUCCAGUCGUAGGAUCAAUCUCCAGAGUGACCAUCCAGAAGGGGUGAAUCGCAGCAGUAAAAUGACAGUUUCACAGAUGUCUCACGACAAAACCGUUCCGCAUGAAGACGCAAACAGAACUAUGCUAGGUGAAAAAAGAGGGUUAACAAAUUUGACCGACUACAGGGAUAAAUUCACAUGGCAGGAAAAAACAAUCAAAAAUGAAAUGCCACUUUUUAAGGCAAAAGAUUCAAAUCUGUACUUACAUGGACAGAGCAAAAUACAAAAUAAUGAUAACUGCCUUGAUGAACUGAAUUGCCUCAUAAAUAGCUCCCCCAGUGCUGCCGACCUUAGCGAUGUUAAAAUUGUCCCACAUGGAGAAGCACGCUUUGAAGAAAUUGAAAGGUAUCAUAAAAAAUGCGAGGAAGAGUAUAAGGAUGUACAUACCCCAAGUAAUUUUGUCGAUAAAGCAAACAGUUUAAUCAGCGUUCGCACAGAAAGGGACAUGUAUCAAGGUGCCACUCAGGAGAAAAACCCAAUUGGGAAUGUUCCAUCAUUCUUGUAUGACGAUUUGUCAAAAAUGAGAAGCUUCCCUACGGUGAGAAGCGAUGAUCAUGCGGAAGAAAGCUCCGAAGAUAAAUAUAGCAAACGGGACGAGUUAUUUUGGAGCGGGGAAGAAAAACAAGAUGGUUGUACGGAUAGAGCGACGCGCGUGCAUGCGGAUCGUAUGCCUGUUGGCAGUCCCGACAACCACGUGUCUGUAGUGAGUAAAAUGGCCACUGCGGUCAUGCAAAGCGAUAGCGAGGGAGAGGCAAAUCAUGACACGACCCCGACCCAAAUGGAUGCUGAAGUUGCGGAUGGGGGGCGCGAAAAUUGUAACGCGGCGAAUUCGAGUGCACCCGAUAAGAAAAGUGUGAACGACGAUCUGGAGGAUGACAAUUAUGAGGACUUGGAAAAUAUUAUGUUUACAAUAUUGAAGCUCAGGAAAAAGGGAUAG